GGAAAUAAAACGAUUAAAUAAUCAAAAAAUGGUCAAAAGGAAACCGGAACAGGAGAUAAAAUUGGGAGAAUCCGCUUCCGUGCUCAUUCAUAUGUAAAAGGAAGAAUUUAUCUUUGAAGUUGAAUUUUUCUUGAGAUGGAUUGCAAUGAUAAAGGCAUGCAACUUUUAGAUGAUUUUUGGCAAUGGCGCUUGAGUAAUAGCCCUGAAUUUGCUACUUUCAGUGGUAUCCAUGAGUUUGAUGACAAAUUAGAAUCUUAUACUUUAGAUGCUAUUUUGGAGAGGAAGGUAGUUUGUAGGAAAUACUUAAAUGAUUGUCAGCAAAUUUUAAAUGAAACUAAUCUGAAGAAAGAAAUAAGUGAAAAUUUGGACUUCCUAGUUUCUGAGCUUAAAUGCUUUAUCAGAGGAGCUGAUGCUAAAGGGUAUUUUUUCCCUCUCAAUUAUAUGGAAGGGCCACAUCUUGAAUUUGAAAGACUUAUUGCAUCCAUGAAUUGUGAAACAUUGAAAGAUUUUAAUAAAAUACUUUCCAGAUACAAGGAGUUGCCUGUACAGAUAUCUCAGAUGACUGAAAUAAUGAGAGAUGGUAUUAAACAAAAGAUGACUUUUCACAAAAUAUCUGUGGCUGCAAUACCAGAUCAAAUUGAUGUUUUAGAUCAAUUAGAUGUUCUUGAAAAGAAUCCAGAAGAAUGUAUAUUUUAUAAGCCUUUCUUGUCAUUACCCGAUACAGUUACUGAUGAGAAAAAGAAAGCUUUACUUCUUGAGGCUGUUGAUUCCAUUUCACAUAAUGUUAUACCUGCUUUCAAAAUGCUAAAGGAAUUUCUUGAAAAAGAAUACUUUAAGCACUGCAGGCCCAAAAUUGGCAUAUUUACACUGCCCAAUGGAAUUGAAAUUUAUCAGAUGUGCUUGGACUUUCACCUUAGUUAUUUUUUAACCCCUGAAGAAGUUCAUGAAAUUGGAAAAAAGGAAGUGGAAAGAAUUUUAAAAGAGAUGGAGACGGUUAUUGAGUCACUUGAGCUUAAAAUGUCAGUGAAAGAAUUUGCUGAAAAGAUGAGAGAGGAUGAUGACUUCUAUUUCAAUGAUGCAGAAGAACUGAUAGAAGCAUAUAAAGGUCUUGUUUUCAAUAAAAUUCAACCAUUGCUAGGAAGAGUGGUCAAUAAAAUUCCAGAUAGUAAACUUGAAAUAAGGCCAUCAAGCGCAUCAAUGAGUGGUGGACCAGCAGCCUAUUAUUUGGCUGGUACAUUUGAUGGGAAGAGACCAGGGGUAUUUUAUGUUAAUGCAGGAGAUGUCAAAGCAGUGCCAAAAUAUGAUAUGGUGUCUUUAGCACUCCAUGAAGCUUUACCUGGUCACCAUCUUCAGGCCUCUUACCUCAUGGAAUGUAAAGAUCUUGCUGAAUUCCGUAAAUAUAUAGAAGAUAGAAAAUAUUCUGAAUCUCCAUCUCGUUUCCCGCUUCACACUGCUUACAUAGAAGGUUGGGGUUUGUAUUCUGAAUACCUUGGUAAUGAAUUAGGAUUGUAUGAUGAUCCAUAUAUUAAAUUUGGCUAUCUGUCACAUGAGAUGUUGCGUGCCCUUCGUCUUGUUGCCGACACUGGUUUGCAUGCUUUUGGGUGGUCUAUUGAGAAAACUGUCAACUAUAUGUUGGAUCACUGUGCAAUUUCCCGCAAGCAUAUUGAAAAUGAAGUGAAUAGAUACAUUACUUGGCCUGGCCAGGCAUGUGCUUACAAAAUUGGUGAAAUCAAAAUAAAAUCUUUGAGAGCAAUGGCUGAAAGAGUCUUGGGUCCAAGUUUUAAUAUCCAGGAGUUCCAUGGUGUUAUCUUGCAACACUGUGGCCCCCUUGAUUUGCUGGAGAAAAAAGUACAAGAGUACAUAAAGCUGAAGGCUUGAACAGACUGUUCCAAUUCUACAUUCAAUUGCAAAAGAACUCAAGUGGAUGGCUCAAUUUUUUUUUCUAUUACUUAACUUUUAAAUAAACAUGGACUGAUUUUAUAACUUCA